CGUGGCCGCGCCGCCCGGUCCGUCCCGUGUCCCAGCGCUCGGGUUCCCUGUGUCCCUUGAGUGGUUCGCCUGGUCCUGCCGCCCCCGCCGGCCCCACCAUGGGCCUGGAGCUCUACCUGGACCUGCUGUCGCAGCCCUGCCGCGCCGUCUACAUCUUCGCCAAGAAGAACGGCAUCCCCUUCGAGCUGCGCACCGUGGAGCUGCUCAAAGGUCAGCACUUCAGCGCCGACUUUGCCCAGCUGAACCCCCUGAAGAAGGUGCCUGUCCUGAAGGAUGGGGACUUCACCUUGACCGAGAGUGUGGCCAUCCUGCUCUACCUGACCCGCAAGUAUAAGACCCCUGACCACUGGUACCCUCAGGACCUGCAGGCCCGUGCCCGUGUGGAUGAGUACCUGGCAUGGCAACACACAGCUCUUCGAAGAAACUGCCUCCGGACCCUGUGGCAUAAGUUGAUGUUGCCUGUGUUCAUGGGUGAGCCGGUAGCUCCUGAGAUGCUGGCAGCCACACUGGCAGAGUUGGAUGGAAGCCUGCAGCUGCUUGAAGACAAGUUCCUCCAGAACAAGGCCUUUUUCGCUGGGCCCCACAUCUCCCUGGCUGACCUGGUAGCCAUCACGGAGCUGAUGCACGCCGUGGGUGCUGGCUGCCAAGUCUUCGAAGGCCGACCCAAGCUGGCUGCAUGGCGCCAGCGCGUGGAGGCGGCAGUGGGGGCAGUCCUCUUCCAGGAGGCCCAUGAGGUCAUCCUGAAGGUUAAGGACUCUCCACCUGCAGACCCCACCAUAAAGCAGAAGCUGAUGCCUAGCAUCCUGGCCCUGAUCCAGUGAGCCGAGAAGCCUCGCCCCUGCACUGCCCUUGGCCGUUCACCAAGCACCUUCAUUUCCAGUGUCCCUUGGAGAGAUUUGCCCAAGUCCCACUGCACCCAGGCCGGGUCCCUACCCCACCUUAUCUUCCACAGCUGCCUGAAAACCACGAUGAGAACGGCAUACCCAGACCUGUCUCCUUUAAUCACUGCAUUUCAUUUUCAGUUUGGGAAAUAAACCUGGGCUCAGCCUGAACCUCUGCUUCUAA